AUGGCAAAGCAUACAUCAUGGAGGGUCUUUGCCGCGAGGAAGGAUGCCUUGUGGGAGAGAUGGAAGAAGUUUUGUGACCCCUUGACUCAAGAUUUUGGCUUGUUCGAAGCAGAAGACAGAAUCAACAGCAGCUGGCGUGACAUCUACGCAACCAAAAUGGAUGAAGUUGUUUCGAAGUGGCUUGAUAAGUUCGCCAGUGACCUGAACGCUGUCGCCGAAGCUUCAACGAAGUGGAAGGAGCAUUAUGCGAGGGUAUGA